AUGAUAAGAUAUAGUAUAGUGUUUGAUAUUUACUUUAAGAUUACUGCUCCUAAUGACAAAGUGAGUUCUGGUGAAACUCAGCCCUUUGAAUCUGAACCGUUUAUCCAGAGGGGGUCUGGUGAGGGUCAAAAUCCGGAUCCAGAGGCUACCGCCAACUGGGCCUCUAAUGAACUCGAAUUUGACGCUUCUGGUUCAGGGAAGCAGGAAGAAAUGGAACGUGAAUCUAAAACUAGUGUGUGUAAACCGCCUCCCGGAUCUAAUAUUCGCUGGACUGGUUUAUCCCUGGCUUACACAAAAAGCAAUGACGAAAUAAGAAGUGCCAACAAAGGAAAAGAUAAAAAGGAAGAACAGAAAGAAGGUGGCCUUUCCAUUAUUGCCACAACCUUCGUGGCAGCAGGGGUCUUUCUGCUUCUCAUGAUGAUUUCUUUCUUUGUGUUUACAUGGCCUAUCAGGAAAUAUUAUGAAUACUUGUACACGUCUACGAGAAAUGCGGAUGCAGAGACUGGUAAAAGUGGCGGGGAAGAGCUUACCAGUGUCAGAGUUGAUAGUAGUUAUCCUCCAGAAGAUGAUUACCAAGAAGGCUAUUACUACUAUUACUAUCCUCUGGAAGAGCCCAUGCCCGGUCCUUCUCAAACACCAGUUGCUGGAAAUUUGGUCAAUUUGGUCAGAGCACGCUGUGGUCAGCAGAGUAAUGAACAUCUGACCACCAGGAAUGUAGAAGGCGCCACCCACCAACACGAGGAAAGGAAGGCCGCGGAUGUGAUGGCUAACGACAAGAAGAGGGACUCGCGAAAUUUUGAAACGAGGAAGCUCAUCAAGGAACAAAGUUCCCAAAGGAGAAACUCGCUGGUUGACAGCAUUAUAAUUGCUAAAUCCAUCAUUGGCGACUGUGCAAAGAAUAAAACGUUCGAGAAGAAGGCCUCACAACGAAGACACAUUAUCAAGGAGUGCUGCUUAGGUCCUGAGUCAGACAAAGGAUUGAAUAAAAAAAGGGUGUCUUUUGCCGAUGAACUGGAGACUGCCUGUUCAGUGAUUGCACCAGACUCGCCCUAUAGAGAGAGGCUGCAACAUUCCAAGGAGAAACGUCGAGCAAUCAAGGAGAAGACUUCUGGCAAGAGGAGAGCAUCGCUUUCAGACGAUAUAGAGAUUGCAAAAUCCAUUAUUCUGGAGAGCCCAAAGAGAUAUACCCUUCCACUCAACUUGGUCCAGGAGAUGAUCAACUUGGGCAUGGAACCCAAGGACUAUGUCAGCUACUAUGAGUUAGACUUCGCCAAGCCUGUUGCCAAAUAUGAUUAUGUUUCACCUCAUAAAGUCGUCAAAAAUGUCUAA